AUGAUGGCAAUUUCGGACCGGGACAUUGUCCCCGAAGCCAAUCGUUUUCCCUAUUGUAUUGUUUGGACUCCAAUUCCAUGUCUAACAUGGUUUUUCCCAUUUAUCGGUCAUAUGGGUAUUGCAACAAGUAAAGGGGUGAUUCGAGAUUUCGCCGGAAGUUUUUACGUGGCUGAAGAUGAUAUGGGAUUCGGCUGGCCGACAAGAUAUCUACAACUUUCCCCUGAAAAUGUUGAAGGAGGGGCUGAUGUUUUUGACAGAUGCAUUCAAGAAGCAUCUGAGACUUAUAAGGAGCGCAUGCAUAAUCUAAUAUGUGAUAAUUGUCAUUCGCAUGUCGCUCUUGCUCUAAAUUCCAUGAAUUAUAUGGAAAGGGAGGAUUGGAAUAUGGUGAAUCUCGCCAUUUUAAUUUUAACCAAAGGCAGUUAUGUGCGGAAAAUCGACAUUCUUUCCCAAUGGCUGCCAUUUCUUAUAAUUAUCUCUAUGGUCCGUUUAACUGCUGAAUUUAUGGCCGAUCGCCCGCAAUUCGUCAACACUCUCAACAUGCGUGAGCUGAAUUUGCGCGGCUGCAAAAUUCCGGUGAUUGAGAACAUGGGUGUCACUCGGGAUCAGUUCGAUCUCAUCGAUUUUACCGAUAAUGAUAUUCGAAAACUUGACAAUUUCCCAAAUUUUAAACGUCUCAGCGUCCUCUAUCUUCAUAAUAAUCGAAUCAACUAUAUUGCACCGGAUAUUGGCGCGAAAUUGCCGAAUCUUAAAACGCUUGUUCUCACCAACAACAAUAUCUGCGAGCUCGGCGACAUUGAUCCAUUGGCCAACUGUGAGAAGCUUGAAUAUGUCACAUUUAUUGGAAACCCGAUAACCCAUAAGGAGAACUACCGGCUGUAUAUUAUCUAUAAGCUUUCGACGGUUCGUGUCAUUGAUUUCAAUCGAGUGCGUCUCAGCGAGCGCGAAGCGGCGAAGAUGAUGUUCAAAGGGAAAUCGGGCAAGAAGGCGAGAGACGCGAUUCAGAGAAGCGUUCACACCGACGACGUCACCGAGAAGGAGAAUAAUGCGACGCCGGGAUCGAAUCUCACCGACGACGACAAGGCGAAAAUCAAAGAGGCGAUCAAAAACGCCAAAUCUUUGGCGGAAGUCAAUUAUUUGCAAUCGAUUUUGGCGUCUGGAAAAGUGCCCGAAAAAGGAUGGAAUAGGCAAUUGAUGGACCAGAAUGAUGAGCAGCAGCAGCAAGAGCAAAACGGAAAUGGAUUUGUUGAAGAGAUGAAGACUUAA